UAACGUAUACCGAAAAUACAUAAGCUUAAGCUAAAAUAACGGAGCCAGCAGUAGCAAUCGGAGUGGACGCAGGUAAACAGAUAAGAAAACACACGGCGACACAGAGAAAUAGGCGCAGGUGUCAACAUCAUCAUCAUCAACAGCAACAACAAAAACAUCAGGAGCAGUAACAGUGUGAAACAUGUCCGACAUCAUGAAUAUUGACAGCAUUAUCUCGCGUCUUUUGGAAGUCCGUGGUGCCCGUCCAGGCAAAAAUGUGCAAUUAUCGGAGAGUGAAAUACGAAGUUUAUGCUUGAAGUCGCGUGAAAUAUUUCUAUCGCAGCCGAUACUGUUGGAACUGGAGGCUCCGCUCAAAAUAUGCGGCGAUAUACACGGGCAAUAUUACGAUCUGUUGCGUCUGUUUGAGUACGGCGGUUUCCCGCCAGAAUCGAAUUAUCUAUUCCUUGGCGACUACGUGGAUCGUGGCAAGCAAUCCCUGGAGACGAUAUGUCUUCUGUUGGCAUACAAAAUUAAAUAUUCAGAGAAUUUCUUUUUACUACGCGGCAACCACGAAUGCGCAAGCAUCAAUCGCAUCUACGGGUUCUACGAUGAAUGCAAACGACGUUAUACCAUAAAGCUGUGGAAAACAUUUACAGAUUGUUUCAACUGUCUGCCCGUGGCCGCAAUCGUGGACGAGAAAAUCUUUUGCUGUCACGGCGGCCUAAGUCCUGAUUUGUCCUCAAUGGAGCAAAUACGACGCAUUAUGCGACCCACGGAUGUGCCCGACCAGGGUCUGCUAUGCGAUCUUUUGUGGUCAGAUCCCGACAAGGACACCAUGGGCUGGGGCGAAAAUGAUCGUGGCGUAAGCUUUACAUUUGGAGCGGAGGUUGUGGGCAAAUUUCUACAGAAGCAUGAGUUCGAUCUUAUAUGUCGUGCACAUCAGGUUGUUGAGGAUGGUUAUGAGUUCUUUGCCAAGCGCCAGCUGGUGACGCUCUUUUCAGCGCCUAACUAUUGCGGUGAAUUUGACAAUGCGGGUGCCAUGAUGUCCGUGGACGACACAUUAAUGUGCUCCUUUCAGAUUUUGAAACCCGCCGAUAAGCGACGAUUUGUUUAUCCAAACUUUGGCAGCUCAGGGCGUCCGUUAACACCGCCACGCGGCGCAAACAAUAAGAAUAAGAAAAAAUAAGCGACAAACAACAAGCAGCAACAAUAAUUUACAACAAAACACACAAAAAUCAAUUCAAUGCGCAGAAAUGUUUGUUUUUAAUCGAAUAUGUGUAAUCGAAUCGUGAGCAACGUUUUUAAGGAUUUAAAAAUUAGCCUAUUAUCAUUUGAAGAGCGCAAAAGCAAAAGCGAAAUACUAAACACCAACCCAUACACACACACACACACACACACACCCAUACACAAAUUGAGACACUUUAGUUCAAACUAAUUGCAGUGUUAAACACUGCAUAAGCAAGAAUAUCUCUUAAUGUAUUAAUUUUAUUUUGUUAUAGUUUUUCAUUUGCGCAA